AUGAAAGUUUGUUCUCUGCAUUUUAAAAAAGAAGAUUUGUUUUUACAGACAGAACUGGGUAAUGACAAAACGUGUAAAAAGCUCGUACGUUUAAAAAAAACUAGUGUGCCUUCGCAAAAUCUUCCUCAAGGAGUUAUUGUAGACAAGUUAAGUGUCAAUGAAUCUGCACGUGCAUCUCGUGAACUUAGAUCGAAAAAACGUCUUAAUAGAUUUGAAAAUUCUGAAUUUAUUUCUAAUGGUGAUGAACAGACUCAAAAUGAUUCAGCUCAGGAAAUCGAUUUAAGAAAUGAAAAUCUGAUUCAAGAGGUAGAUGUUCAGAAUGAUAAAUGCGAAGAGAUUGAUAAAAAUAAAAUUGUGGGAAACGACGAUUUUGUAGAACCUCUCUUAGAAAAAUCUGCUGUUGUCCAAGAAAAUUCUCAUGUAGAUGUUGAAGUUCAAGUUCAAACUUCCCAAAUAGAUGCUGCAAUUCAAGUUGCAAGUGAUUUUAUUAUACCGCAAUUUUCAACUUUCAUCACGACUGAUCAAGAACUGAGCACAAUGACAGGCAUUUGUGAUUUUAAAUUGUUGUCUACAAUUGAGCAGUUGGUGAAACAUGUUAAAUCAGAUAAUACAAGUGUUAAGUUAAAUACAAGGGAAUUAAUUAUUAUGACAUGCAUGAAGCUAAAACAGAAUAUGUCAUACGCAAUGUUGGCAAUAUUGUUUAAAUUUAAAAGUCAAGACAAUUGCAAAAAACGAAUUUUUGAAAUGAUUGAUAUUUUAAAUAUCUGUUUGAAACCUGCCAUUUUUUGGCCAAGCAAAGAGAAUGUUUUGAGAAAUAUACCGAAAUGUUUUCAAGGAUUUGAGCAGGUUAGAGUAGUUGUCGACUGCACUGAAAUUCGAAUUCAAAGACCUGCGAACUUAUGCUGCCAAAUACAAACCUACUCCUACUACAAAGGAAAUUAUACUAUUAAAUUUAUGACUGGUGUAACAUCUGCUGGAUUGAUUUCCUUCGUCAGUCAAGCUUAUGGAGGUCGAGCCUCUGAUAAUUCAAUUUUCGAGCAGAGUGCGAUUUUAAAUAAAUUGGACAAAAAUGACAUUGUAAUGGCAGAUAAAGGCUUCACAGUGGAAGAACUUUGUAAAAAAAAAGACGUUUCUCUUCUAACGCCUUUCUUCUUAAGAAAUAAAAAACAGUUUUCUGAAACUGAAGCCAAUGUAAAUCGCGAUAUUGCCAAAGCCCGAGUUCACGUGGAGCGAGCAAAUCAGCGAUUAAAAACAUUUGCUAUUCUUGGCGACAUCCUUCCUGUUUGCAUGAUUAGCAAGAUUGAAGAAAUCUUCAACAUCAUCUGUGGAAUAGUAAAUCUGAGUGCACCAAUUUUAAAAAAUGAUAAAUUUUAG